UGCGCUGGGCGUCUCUGCUGGCUGCCUCGCCCGGGGCGAUGGAGGAGGCUCAGCGGCAGGUGCUGCAGCGCUCGCGGGUGCGCCUGGUGAAGGAGCUGCAGGUGGAGCCGCUAUGGGACCUGCUGGUGCACCGGGGGAUCUUCACGCAGGACAUGGUCGAGGAGAUCCAGAGAUGCAGCCCACAAAGGAAGGAUACUCAGAACAUUGACUCACGCAGGAGCAUAAUGGUGGACUCCCCUAUAGACGCUCCCGAAGCAAUAUCUUAUCUUCAGAGAGCAGGUACUCGAAGGGAUCAAGCCAGGCAGUUGAUCACAGACCUGCAGACUCGAGGAAAAGAAGCCCUCCCCACCUUCAUCUGGUGCCUCCGCGAAACUGGACAGAAUGAUCUGGCAGCUUUGCUUGGUGAGGGAUGCAGCCAGCCGCAGUUGCGCCCAGUCAAUAUAGAGCCGAUUGUGAUCCAUUCUUAUGCUGGACGAGUUGACGAAGGUAUUCGGACAAGUGAAUAUUUACCUUCUCCAGCCCAGGAGAGAUUCCGAGAACCGAUUCGUGAAAUUACAGCCACUCAGGGUUCUGUAGCAGAGAGAGAUGCACGGAACCAUGACAUGGUUUAUGCCGUGAAAUCUGACCCCUGUGGGUAUUGCCUUAUUAUCAACAAUGUGAACUUCACCAAAGAGUCUGGCCACGCUGCCCGCAUCGGCUCCGACGUGGACUGCCAGAGACUGGAGAGGCGCUUCAGACGGUUCCGUUUCGAAGUCUUGACUCGACGAGAUCUCAGAGCGCAGGAAAUUGCCCAGGAGCUGCAGAGCCUGGCAAGGCGGGACCACGGAUCUCUCGAUUGCUGUGUGGUUGUAAUCCUUUCCCACGGCUGUCAGACCAGCCACAUUCAGUUCCCUGGUGGGAUCUACGGUGCAGAUGGAAUGCCCAUCGCAGUGGAAAAAAUUGUCAGCUACUUCAAUGGAUCUAACUGCCCAUGCUUAAGGGGGAAGCCCAAACUCUUCUUUAUUCAAGCCUGUGGAGGAAAGCAAAUGGACCGAGGGUUUGAGGUGGAUUCUGAGCCCUCAGUAGAUCAACGACAUGAAAGCACUCUAGAUUCUGAUGCAAGCCCCUUCCAGAUACCCGCGGGAGACCCCGAUGAACCAGAUGCCGUAGCCAGCUUGCCCACCCCUAGUGACAUCUUAGUGUCUUACUCAACUUUUCCAGGUUUUGUGUCCUGGAGGGAUAAACAAAGCGGUUCCUGGUACGUGGAAACCCUAGACCAGAUUCUUGAUCAAUUUGCCCAUUCUGAAGAUCUGCUCACCAUGCUACUGAGGGUGGCAAAUGCCGUUUCUGCAAAAGGGAAGUACAAACAGAUGCCUGGCUGUUUCAACUUCCUCCGCAAAAGGUUCCUCUUCAUGACCGAAUGAUAUCCUGACCUUAGGCGCUCUGUCCGGAGGAAGUAAUUGUUCCAGAAGGGACCCAUGGAAGAUGCUCCAUGCUGGGAUGGUCCAUGAGCUGUGAAAAGAUUCCUCUGUUUCUUGAAGUACAGGAUUCUUCAUUUUGGAGCAGAGUCUUGCGUGGAUCCCAAAAGAAGUGCCUGGAACUUUGUUUGGGUUGAGCCCUCCGCUCCUUGUGCAUGAUUUUUCCUUGGGGGAAUCCUCUACACAUUCUUUGUGUUUUCAGUCUCAACUUUCAUACGGCCAUUCUGCAGAUUUGGCUUUGGAGUUUCUACUGUGCCAACGGCUUUAACCUUGAUCAUGGCUCCCUUCCUGCCCCCUGCCAUCUUGAACCUCAGAAAUUACAGGACUGUGAGGGCGCUCUGCUUUAUUUCUCAGAGGUGACCUUCCCUUCCCCUUUCUCAAACUACGGUUCCCACAUCUGUUUCAGGGAAGCCAUGUCAGUUAAGGCAGCUUAAGACUGCUGUAUAGACAGACACCUGAGUUUAAAAAAUCAGGCAUUUUGACAGGGGAAUUAAUUUUGCAUAUCAUCUCUUGUAGCAUUAAAUAUUCUAUAUUCAUA